AUGUGUGAUGAUGAUGAUGGUGUAUUGUCUGAGAAGUGGGGAGUGGUGCACGUGCUCGAGUGCUCCUGUGAGAUUCUGCCUGCUUCACCUGCACCAUACGGCCGCCUGUUACAAGGCUUCACGAGCGAAGACCCACAACCGGAUCGUCUACCAGGGCCUUCACAUGCAGCACAGAAAGAGAGAGUUUACCAACAAAUGGGGGAAGCUGCAAUGGGGGAGGAACAAGCCAGCGGUGUGAAGACACCUGUCACCACGGAGACCAUAUCCCAAGCCACGGUACCAAAAGUCGCAAGCCCUUCGAUUGCGAUUCCCAGACCAAAACUCGCAGUGCCGAGUAUGCGCACGCCGACGACGAAGACGCCCACAGACACGCCGCGCGAAUGGAACACGGCGAAACUGGGCAUGCGCAUGGGCGCAGACGUCCUCUCAGCUGGCGCAGCAGGCAUCUUGGUUGCUCCCAUCAUUACUAUGAUAGACAAGGGCAUCAUCGAGAACGCCAGCGGCAGAAAUACGCUGGGCGACAGCCUCAAGCAAAGCCUUGCGCAACUCGUCUCAAAACCGCACCGCUUCCUCUCCAGCAAACCUUUUGCCCUAAUCUUCAGCCUUUACUUCGGCACCUACCUGACCGCCAACACCAUCGACACCGCAUCCGCAACGCUCAAACCCAGUCAGCCUUUACAGCAGCAAACCAGCGGCACCAGCAAAUUCGUCGCUACCAGCUCCGCUAACCUCGCACUCUGUCUAUACAAAGACAAUCAAUUCACCCGCCUCUUUGCAGCCCCAGGCUCCUCGCCCCGCCCCGUGCCCCUCCCCACCUUCGCCUUGUUCACCGUCCGCGACUGCCUUACCAUCUUUGCUAGUUUCAAUCUCCCGCCGCUCCUCGCGCCCGCGCUGCAAGAGCGCAUGGGCGCGCAGCUGAAUAGGUACGUGGGUGCGCUUAGCAUAGCACAGUUUGUUACCCCGGCUGCGGUCCAGCUUGUUAGCACUCCCUUGCAUUUGCUUGGCCUCGAUUUGUACAACAGGCCCGGUGUGCUUGUUGGAGGUCGCGAUGGCAGGGCUGCAAGGGUGCUUAGGGAUUGGGGCAAGAGUGCUGCGGCGAGGAUUUGCAGGAUUGUGCCCGCGUUUGGGGUGGGUGGGGUGGUGAAUACAAAGGUCAGGAGGGGGUUGAUGGCGAGGUUGGAGGGGUGAUGUGAUGAUUGUGUUUGUGAAUGUUUUUUUGGACGUGUUUCGGGUUGGGAUGGGAUGGGGGGCCAUAUAUAAAUAGAGGAAAAUCUCUUCUCUACGACUGAACCAUUAGGCGAGGUUUGGAUGUUAUUCGCAUUGCGUGGAGUUUAGCUAGGCGUUUUUGAGUGGGUUAGUUUAUGGAUCCAGAUUUAAACACGCUUUGUAAUAUUAAAUAUAGUUAGCCCACUUUU